ACAUUGGAAUAUCUCUCCUAUUUUGAAAGCAUUUCGAACGGGGAGAGGCAGGCUAUCCGGCCUCACUUCAAUAUACUGUUCGGUGAGGCCUCAGUCGCUAGGAACGACGCCCCAGGCCCCGGCAUAGUCAGCAGUAUUGCGCUUAAGACAGAUAAUCUUGAUGGAUUCACUGCGGCGCUGUUAGUGGACGGAGACACGACUCAUAUUGAGACAAAAUUCUUCAGAAAAGGCGACACGACCUCAUACAUUUGUGCGACCUGGGCAACUAAUUUAGCGCCAGGGCAUACAUUCCAUAUCUACAAGGUAACCUGGACAAAGGAGACAAUUGUCUGGUCUAGCGGCGACCAGACCGUGCGCACUCUGGCCUACGACGAUGCCAAGUAUGACACCAAAUACCAGCAGAUUAUAAUGAACAGUCUCUUGGGCAUCUGGGCCAGGGGUAAUCGACCAAUACUCAAAGAAUAA